GCUAAAGCUGUCAAGUUUUGUACCGACUGUUGUUUACUGUAUUGUAAAGACUGUUUGGCUUCUUUUCAUCCCAUGAUGGGUGCUAUGAAGCGUCACCGGCUGAUUUCGUCCCAGGAGUACCUCUCUCUGGAAACCUCACAGCGACAAACCAGUGGCAGGGAUGAACAAUCAACUCAGCAGCCGUCAUGUCCAAAACAUGGUCAGCCAUUCGGCUUGUACUGUGUACCGUGCCGGCUGGUGAUCUGUAUGGGGUGUGUGGUUGACCAUCCGGAACAUGCUGUGCGGGAUAUACCAUCUGCAGCGGAGAAUGCCAAGCCAGCGGUCUUGAACAAGACCAGUGAACUGGAGAAAGUGCUACAAGAAACUAAAGAAUCACUGUCAGGAGUUACGAGGCUGUACAAUAAGAUACAGGAAACCCAGGAACUUCACACUCAAGAGGUAGAAAGGGCUUAUUGUGCAGCCUUGGAAGCCUUACAAACCUGGAAACAACAGUCCUUAGAUGGCAUAAAAACACGCUAUUCACAGUGGGGUGUGGAGUGUAGCGCUAUACUCAAACAUUUCCAGCUACAUUCCCAGGAAAUGGAGAGAAUGGUCGAGGCUUCCAAAGAUUUAUUAGCCUCAAUGGACAUCGAGUUUUUACAGGGUUCCACGGACUUCACCAAAACAAUUGAUGACCAGCUGAAUGAGAUAAGAGCAGAUCUGGAGAAACAUGAGGUCAGCAGACAGGAGCUUCUAGAUUCUGUACAACAUGACCAAGUUGUCCCUAGACAGGUGACUGUAAAAGAGACAGUGGAAGAACGUCAGGACAUAGAAGCAGCGGUCGGCGGGCAACCCCUAUGUGUUACAAGUAGGUUGUUACAUGUAUAAAAGGUAUACAUUAAGGUGUGCUCAGAGGACAAAAACAACUGUAGGGUUUACAUUAGUAUGUGCAUCAAAGAUACAGACAUAAAGUGGAGAAGGUGCACAGUUGUGUGCGUUCAAAACACGCGGUGGAGUGUAAAGAAAACAAGACGACAUGAGCUGUAAUGCAGCAGGGCGCACCCAGAAAAUGAACAGUAUUCCAAGAGUAACAAAAGUGAGAAGAGUUUACAAAAAGCACAGAUAGUGUGAGGUGUACAUUAGGGUGUGAACAAAACACAAACUUAGGUCCGGCAUUAAUUACUGUGUCCACGUAAGACACAAACUAAUCUGAGGUAUGCAUUAGGGUGAGCAAAAAAGAUACAAACUAAUGUGAGGUAUGCAAUAGGGUGGGCAAAACAGAUACAAAUUAAUGUGAGGUAUCCAAUAGGGUGGGCAAAACAGAUACAAACUAAUGUGAGGUAUGCAUUAGUGUGGGCAAAAGAAAAAUACAAACUAAUGUGAGGUAUAUAGUAAGGUGUGCAGAUGGGAUAUAAACUAAUGUGAGUUAUACAGUAGGGUGUGCACGGAAGACACAAGCUAAUAUAGAGACAUGAAAUAAGGUAUGGUACUUGUAAAGUGUACACUGGGCUCAGAAGUCGAAAGGAAAUCAGUAGGCUGUCCUGAGAGAUUAAAAGCCAAUGCAAGCUACUUAUAGCAUGGUUUGCUCAGAAAUAAGAAAAAAAAUAAAAUAAGUGUAUUCAACAAUAUGUUAUUUUCUUCAAAAAAGGAAAGCACAUUGCAGAGUGUACAGUUAGAACAGGACAGAUGGUAGUGUAUCCCUCGGUGUCUGGGUGAUAUUUACUUCGUGUUCAAAUAAACAAGUGCACUGUUAUAACAGGACACGUGGCAAGGCACGUCAUGUUUGCAAAUCAGUAGGUGUACUGUUAAUACAGAACAGAUUACAUAUUGUACAACUGAGUGUCUGAGAGAUGUUUACCGCAUGAUUGUGUACAAAUCAGUAGGUGUACUGUUAAUACAGAACAGAUAACAUAGUGUACCACUGAGUGUCUGAGUGAUGUUAACCUCAUGACUGUGUACAAAUCAGCAGGUGUACUGUUAAUACAGAACAGAUAACACAGUGUACAACUGAGUGUCUGAGUGAUGUUUACCUCAUGAUUGUGUACAAAUCAGCAGGUGUACUGUUAAUACAGAACAGAUAACAUAGUGUACCUCUGAGUGUCUGAGUGAUAUUUACCUCAUGAUAGUGUACAAAUCAGUAGGUGUACUGUUAAUACAGAACAGAUUACAUAUUGUACAACUGAGUGUCUGAGUGAUGUUUACCUCAUGAUUGUGUACAAAUCAGUAGAUGUACUGUUAAUACAGAACAGAUAACAUAGUGUACCUCUGAGUGUCUGAGUGAUGUUAACCUCAUGACUGUGUACAAAUCAGCAGGUGUACUGUUAAUACAGAACAAAUUACAUAUUGUACAACUGAGUGUCUGAGUGAUGUUUACCUCAUGAUUGUGUACAAAUCAGCAGGUGUACUGUUAAUACAGAAAAGAUAACAUAGUGUACAACUGAGUGUCUGAGUGAUAUUUACCUCAUGAUUGUGUACAAAUCAGCAGGUGUACUGUUAAUACAGAACAGAUUACAUAUUGUACAACUGAGUGUCUGAGUGAUGUUUACCUCAUGAUUGUGUACAAAUCAGCAGGUGUACUGUUAAUGCAGAACAGAUUACAUAUUGUACAACUGAAUGUCUGAGUGAUGUUUACCUCAUGAUUGUGUACAAAUCAGUAGGUGUACUGUUAAUACAGAACAGAUAACAUAGUGUACCUCUGAGUGUCUGAGUGAUGUUAACCUCAUGACUGUGUACAAAUCAGCAGGUGUACUGUUAAUACAGAAUUGAUUACAUAUUGUACAACUGAGUGAUGUUUACCUUGUGAUUGUGUACAAAUAAGUAGGUGUACUGUUAGAAAAGGAUAGAUAACAUAGUGUACCCUUUAGUGAAAUAAAAAGAAAGUAACUUGGAAUAUUGAAGUCAUAAUAUUAGUCUGUAUUUCUGUUACUAUGUUUGUGGCAUCAUCAGGAAAUAUAUAUAGUAAAUAAUACAUAGGUUUGUAUACAUGUAGCCGCGUAGGUGUACAAUGCAUGCACGUAUAAAGACAAAACACUGUAUGGUAAGUUAGCAGAAAGACAGGAGUGGUUGAGCGUGAGUGAGUGAGUGAGUGAGUGCUUGGGGUUUAACGUCGUACUCAAUGGUUGAGCGUGAAUGACAUAAUAUGAAGCUGGUAUUGCAUGAGAAAGUACUGAGGAAAAGGGAAUAGAAUGUACAGC